AUGUGGUACUUGAAUAAGCCGGAGGAGCCCCCCUGGAGGAACAGCAGCCUGGUGCUGGGGGGGGGACCCCCUCUGUCCGACCAGGGAGAGACCAUCAUUGGAGUCUACCUGCUGGCGCUGGGCUGGAUGUCCUGGUUCGGAAACAGCAUCGUCCUCUUCGUCCUGUGCAGACAGAGAGCCUCCCUGCAGCCCACCGACUACCUGACCUUUAACCUCGCCGUCUCCGACGCCAGCAUCUCCGUGUUCGGAUACUCCAGAGGCAUCAUCGAGAUCUUCAACGUGUUCAAGGACAGCGACUAUCUCAUCUCCUCCAUCUGGACCUGCCAGGUGGACGGUUUCUUCACGCUGGUGUUCGGUCUGAGCAGCAUCAACACCCUGACGGUGAUCAGCAUCACCCGCUACAUCAAAGGCUGUCACCCCAACAGAGCUCGUCACAUCAGCAGAACCAGCGUUUCCGUCAGUCUGCUGCUCAUCUGGAUCACAGCUGGAUUCUGGUCCGGAGCGCCGCUGCUCGGCUGGGGGAGCUACAAAGAUCGUGGGUAUGGAACCUGUGAGAUCGACUGGGCCAAGGCCAGCUACUCCAGCGCCUACAGGUCCUACAUCAUCUCCAUCUUCAUCUUCUGCUUCUUCGUCCCGGUGCUCAUCAUGCUCUUCUGCUACGUCUCCAUCAUCAACACGGUGAAGAGAGGAAACGCUCUGUCGGCGGACGGAGACCUGAGCGACCGCCAGAGGAGGAUCGAGAGGGACGUCACCAUAGUUUCCAUAGUGAUCUGCACGGCCUUCAUCCUGGCCUGGUCUCCGUACGCCGUGGUGUCCAUGUGGUCCGCCUGUGGCUUCCACGUGCCCAACCUCACCAGCAUCUUCACCCGCCUCUUUGCCAAGUCCGCCAGUUUCUACAACCCCCUCAUCUACUUCGGACUCAGCUCCAAGUUCCGCAAAGACGUGGCGGUUCUGCUGCCCUGCACCCGCGACGCCAGAGACUCCGUCAGGCUGAAGCGCUUCAAGCCCAAAGCCGACGCCCACGGGCGCCUCAAGGUUCCUCUGAACCGGAGUGAGAAGAAGUACUCCCCGGGGUACCUGGACCACCCGGCCGCCGGAACCGACCCGGGGAGCCUGCCACGCACGCCACCACCCGUCAACAAGGAGGUGUUCCACAUCGACAGGCCCCGCCCCUCUGAGACCGGACCGGAGUUUGAAUGUGACAGACUCUGA